UGGCUGGACUGCAGAGAAAAGGUGGAUCCCUGACAGAAGGAUUUUCUUUGUCAGUACACAGCCAGAACUGGGUCAUGUCUGUCCAGCAGGACCACUGCAUGGGCCAGUUUCAAGUGUUUACCUCAGUGUAUCCAGUGAGGGUGUUUAACUGGUUUAACGUGUCAGUUUGUAUAUGUCCACACCCACCUUUUCAGCAGUCCUGCUUCCAGCGUCAUGGUACCAGACUAACCAGAUUAAAACCUCGCCUGCUAGAGGACUUGUUGCUUCCAUCUCAGAACAACUGAACAUUUUUGGAGCAGAAGGAGUGAAAUGAAUCAGUAACGGGACCUUACCUGUGACCACACUGUCCAUCAUGGCCAAAAGCCCACCUACGACUGGUGCAGAGAAAGCAGAGCUCAGGAUUGUUCUGGUUGGGAAAAUUGGAUCUGGGAAAAGUGCAUCAGCCAACACUAUCUUAGGAAAAAAAACGUUCAAGUCUAUGAUGAGCACGUUCUCACUAACAACUGAGUGUCAGAAGGAAACAGCUGAGUUUGAGGGUCUCAUGCUGGCUGUGGUCGAUACUCCAGGUCUGUUUGACACAAGUAAAACCCAAGAUGAGGUGAAGAGAGAGGUCACAAGAUCCAUCUCGUUGUCUGCUCCUGGCCCUCAUGUCUUCCUGGUGGUUCUGUUGCCAUUCAGAUUCACUAAAGAGGAACAUGAGACUGUGGAACUGAUUCAGGAGAUCUUUGAAGAUGCCGGAUUGUACAUGCUGGUCCUAUUCACUCAUGGAGAUGAUUUAGAAGAAGAAGAAGUUGACAUAGAAGAAAUAAUUAGUGGAAAUCCAGCUCUCAGUGACUUCAUCAGCCAAUGCAAUGGAGGAUUUCAUGUUUUUAACAACAGAAAGCAAGAUCCAGCUCAGGUCAGAGACCUGUUGGAGAAGAUCAGCAGAAUGGUGAAGAAGAAUGGAGGAAGCUGCUACAGCAACAAGAUAUUUGAAAAGGCAGAGGAAGCUAUAAAAGCAGAAGUGACCCGCCUGCAGAGAGAAAACCCAAACAUAGAACCAGAUGAAGCAAGAAAACAGGCGGAGACACGCAACUCCUUCACAGAAAUGGAGCCUGAAGAUCUGAUGGCUGCACUGGAAGAUGAAGAUGUGGUCACAUGUGAAGAUGUAAGGACACUGGGAAGGAAGAAGUGCGUCAUCCUAUGACAAACUCUUCAUUUGUUUGUCAGCAUGUUUCAUCCUAAAGGGACUAAAUAUAACCAAUAGGGUGAGUAACAGAAGGCACAGACCAAAACAAAGCUCACUGACCAUAUUGUAAUACAAAUAAAAAUAAUUCACCAGACAAGAAACAGAAAAACCUCAUUUAUCACCUUCACCAUUCACAUUCAUUUAUCUAGUGACCUUCUCUACUGACACACCACUGUUUUCAUAAAUAUGUAAAUAAAAUCAUUGUCCAUGG